AUGGAUAAAGGAAACUUGGUCCAGCUGCUCCAAGCGAGCCAGAUUCCCGACACCGAGAAGGUCAAGGCAGUCACGGCCGAGCUGCAGAAGAACUACUACUCCCAGCCCGAGUCCCUCCUCCUCUUGAUUGAGGUCACCAUCUCCCACGAAGAUGCCGGCAUCCGACAGCUCGCCUCGGUGCAGGCUCUGCGCCUGACCCCCAGGCACUGGGCCAAGCUCCCUUCUGACAAGAAGGAGCUCGCCAAGAAGCACCUCACCGAGAGCAUCCUGAACGACCAGUCCUCUACCUCCCGCCACUCCAAGUCGCGUCUUCUCGCCGGUGCCGUCGGCGUUGACCUCGAGGAUGGCGAGGGCCAGGACUUCGUUCGCGAGCUCCUCGCCCUGAACACCUCCGACAACGUCGCCCACCGCGAGAUUGGCUCCUUCAUCCUUGUCUGCCUGCUCGAGAACGACCCUCUUCCCUUCGUUGAGCAGGUCAAGGCUCUGCUCAGCUUGAUCGCCAAGACCAUUGUCGACCCUGCCAGCAUUGAGGUCCGCCUGAACUCGGCCAAGGCUGUCAGCGCUCUGUUGGCGCUUGUCGACGUUGAGGAGGACAACACCGAGUGCGUUGAGAUCAUCCAGACCAUGAUCCAGCCCACCGUUGAGAUCCUCAAGAACGCCAUCGACCAGGGCAACGAUGACCAGUACAACGACAUCUUCGAGGUCCUCCAGAACUUCAUGACCUACGACUCUGCCUACCUCGCCAACCACUUCAAGGACCUCGUCCAGUUCAUGAUCGAGCUCGGUGUCAACACCGAGGUUGAGGACGAUGCCCGUUCCCAGGCUCUCGUUUUCCUCGCUCAGAGCGCCAGGUACCGCCGCCUCAAGAUCCAGGGCAUGAAGGACAUGGGCGCCCUGCUCAUGGUCAAGAGCAUGCAGAUCGUCGCCGAGAUCGACAACGACGCCGACGAGGAUGACAGCUCUCCCGCUAGAACCGCUCUGAGCCUCAUCGACCAGCUGGCCAGCGACCUCCCUCCCCGUCAGGUUAUCGUUCCCUUGCUUGAGCAGUUCCCUACCUUCGCCCAGAGCCCGCAGCCCGGUCUGCGCAAGUCUGCUAUCCUCUCUCUCGGUACCGCCGCUGAGGGUGCUCCCGACUUCAUCGCUACCCAGCUCCAGCCUUUGAUGCCCCAGAUCAUCCAGCUCUUGAACGACCAGGACAGCUCUGUUCGCCACGCCGCUCUCGUCGGUGUCAUCCACCUCGCCGACGAGAUGGCCGAGGAGCUCGCUCCUCAGCACGAGGCUCUCAUCAGCGCUCUCCUCACCAACCUCGAGGCUGCCUCUGCUGGCUCUGAUAAGCAGAGCAUCAGCAUCAUCCGUGCCGCCUGCGGUGCUCUCGACUCCCUCAUUGGCGAGGGUCUCGACGACCAGCUCAUCAAGACCUUCGGCCCCAAGCUGAUCGUCCCCAUGGGCAAGCUGCUCGCCCACGACGACUUCAGCGUCAAGUCCGCUGCUGCCGGUGCCAUCGGUGCCAUCGCCUCCGCUCUCGGUGGCGAGGAGUUCAAGCCCUACUUCAAGGAGGUCAUGGGCGCUCUUGGCCAGUACGUCAACAUCAAGGACAGCGAGGAGGCUCUUGCUCUCCGCUCCUCCGUCUGCGACUCCAUGGGCCGCAUUGCCGACGCCGUCGGUGCCCAGGAGUUCCAGCCCUACGUCAUGGACCUGAUGAAGGCCAGCGAGGAGGCUCUCAGCCUCGACAACGCCCGUCUCAAGGAGACCAGCUUCAUCCUCUGGGCUUCUCUGUCCAAGGUCUACGGCAACGAGUUCUCUCACUUCCUCCCCGGUGUCUUCAAGGGUCUCUUCGACUGCCUCGAGCUCGACGAGGAGGAUGUCAACAUCCCAGGCCUCAAGCCUGAGGAUCUUCCUGAGGGUCUUCUCAUUGCCAACGGCAAGAAGAUCCGUGUCAAGUCCACCGAGGACGAGAUGGAGGACGACGAUGAGGACGAGUGGGACGAUAUGGACGACUACUCUGGUGUCACCGCUGUCGCCCUUGAGCAGGAGAUUGCUCUUGAGGUCCUCGGCGACGUCAUCACCCACUCUUGCGACGCCAACGCCAUCAAGGAGUACCUUGACAAGGCUGUCGAGCGCAUCGCUCCUCUUGCCGAGCACCCCUACGACGGUGCCCGCAAGGCUGCCAUCUCUACCCUCUGGCGCUCGUACGCCCGCGUCUGGCAACUCUUCGAGGAGCAGACUGGUGCCAAGUGGGAGGCCGGCAUUCCUCUUAAGCAGCAGCCCGAUGCCGUCCUGGUCAAGCUUGGCGAGCUCGUCGUCAAGUCCACCAACAACAUCUGGGCCGAGGACACUGAGCGUGAUGUCAUCACCGAGAUCAACCGCAACAUCGCCGCUACCCUCAAGGCUUGCGGUCCCGCCAUCCUCACCCACGAUGACCUGCUCAAGGACUCCGUUACUGUCCUUGGCUGCCUGAUCACCCGCUCCCACCCCUGCCAGCAGGACAUGGGCGACGAGGAGGAGCAGGAGGCUGAGGGCUCUUCCGAGCUUGACUGGCUUGUUAUUGACACCGCCAUGGAUGUCAUCCUCGGCCUCGCCACCGCCCUCGGCCCCGACUUCGCCGAGAUGUGGAAGGUCUUCGAGAAGCCCAUCCUCAAGUUCGCCAGCUCCCAGGAGAACCUCGAGCGCUCCACCUCCGUCGGUGUCAUCGCCGAGGCCAUCAAGUACAUGGGCAACGCCGUCACCCCCUUCACCGACGGCCUCCUCCCCAUCCUCAACCACCGCCUCACCGACUCCGACCCUCUGGCCAAGUCCAACGCCGCCUACGCCACCGGCCAGCUCAUCUUCAACUCCACCGCCACCGACAAGACCAUCCCCCACUACCCCGCCAUCCUCCAGAAGCUUGAGCCCCUCCUGUCGAUCCAGGAGUCGCGCAUGGUUGACAACGUCUCCGGCUGCAUCUGCCGCAUGAUCAUGACCAACCCCAACCCCGAGUUCGUCGAGCGCGUCCUCCCCGCCGUCGUCGGCGUCCUGCCCCUCAAGGAGGACUUCGAGGAGAACGCCCCCAUCUACCAGGCCAUCUACAAGCUGUACGACCAGCAGAACCCCACGGUUCAGCAGCUCACCAACAAGAUCAUUCCCGUGCUGCAGACCGUCCUCGGCCCCCCUGAGGAGCAGUUGGAGCCCGAGACCCGCCAGUUGGUGCAGAAGCUUGCUCAGGCGCUUCAGUAA